UUGGCGAACGGGCCGCGGAAGGAAACGGAAGGAACCCGAGGUCUCAGUUGACGGUGCUAUGGAGGCUACUGGUGAACUUGCGGGCGAGGACCCCAGUGCGGGCCUGGAGCCUGGGAACCUGUCUGGCGUGCGGCACAUCAUCCUUGUUCUCUCUGGGAAGGGGGGCGUUGGGAAGAGCACCAUCUCCACAGAGCUGGCCCUGGCACUGCGCCACGAGGGCAAGAAGGUAGGGAUCCUGGAUGUGGACCUUUGUGGCCCCAGCAUUCCACGCAUGCUCCAGGCACAGGGCAGGGCCGUGCACCAGUGUGACAGUGGCUGGGUGCCUGUCUUUGUGGAUCAGGAGCAGAGCAUCUCCCUCAUGUCUGUGGGCUUCCUGCUGGAGAGGCCAGAUGAAGCCGUGGUGUGGAGAGGUCCCAAGAAGAGUGCACUGAUAAAGCAGUUUGUGUCUGAUGUGGCCUGGGGAGAGCUGGACUACCUAGUUGUGGACACACCCCCCGGCACCUCUGAUGAGCACAUGGCCGCCGUGGAAGCCCUGCGCCCUUACAGGCCCCUGGGGGCCCUCGUGGUCACCACACCGCAGGCAGUGUCUGUUGGGGAUGUGAGGCGGGAGCUGACCUUCUGCAGGAAGACAGGGCUGCAGGUUAUGGGGGUCGUGGAGAACAUGAGUGGCUUCGCCUGCCCACACUGUGCCGAGUGCACCAACAUUUUCUCCAGAGGUGGCGGGGAGGAGCUGGCUCGGCUUGCCGGAGUUCCCUUCUUAGGCUCUGUGCCCCUGGAUCCUGAGCUCAGCAGGAGCCUGGAAGAGGGCCGCGACUUCAUCCAGGAGUUCCCCAAGAGCCCCGCGUUUCCUGCACUCGCCUCCAUAGCCCGGGAAGUUCUAAAUGCCACACCUGCUCUGCUCUCCUGACAGGCAGCCCCAUGGCCGCCUGAUGCUGCCAAGGGCUGUCCUCAUAGCAGAGAUCUGGGUGUGGGUGUGGUUCCUGUGACCUGUGCUCUGUGGACACCUGCCUGGCCCUGCCCUUGGCGAUGUCUCUGUGGCAUUCCAAGUGGGGCUUAUGGCUGGGGUUCCACCUAAUGGCCUGUGGCUGACACUGGCACAGGUCCUGGCGUUGUGGGACAGUGGUCCCAGCUCUGGUCACCUGCCCCCUGGAGGGAUAGGCUGCUGCACACAGCCAAGAUCCACCCUGUUCCCAGGCUUGCCCAGGACUUCACCUUCCUCAGGCAGCUGUUAAUGGGGAGCCUUUGUAAGGUGGUGUACUGGCCUCAGGCGUGUACAGUGACUUUAGAAGAACCUACUAUUAAAUGGCCUGGUCAGCAGAC